AUGAAGCUGUCGGUGUUGCUGCUGUCGGCCCUGCUGGCUCUGUCUGCAGCCAGUCUGCAGGACAUCGUGAAGAAGAGCUCGGAGCACAGGAAAGUGUCCCUCCUGAACCCGGAGCUGGAGGGCCAAGUCCCUGAACCGACCGGUCAGGUGGUGUCUGGUCCUCUGAAUCCGGCCAACCUGGAGCAGCAGCAGGACCUUCCUUCAUCUUUCCUGUUCGGUGACAAUGUGAACCUGGAGUGGGUGACCUGGGACGGGUUUCUGCCGAACGGUGCCGUCUCCAUCUACAACGGCUACACCAAGCGCACCGACUACAUCUGCAUGUACAACUGCGAGGCCGGUUUCUACAGCCCCAGCCUUGGUCCAUACUGCAGAUACCCUUACGGAGAACACGAGUACCAAGCCUCCAAGUUCCAGAUCCUCACCAACAAAGACAACUUUGAGUUCGUGGAGUGGAAGGAAGGCUCGCACGGUUCUGUGCCACAGUACUCAGUCAGAACCUGCGCGGAAGUCGACAUCUAUGUCGGGAAGAACAAGUACGGCCUCGGUAAGGUGGUGCCCAAGUUUGAGGCCUUCUUCCUGCCCUGGGAAGGCGACGAGUACUGGUACAAGUCAUACCACGUCCUGACCAUCAACAGGGAUGCCUACACUCAGCACAUCACCGAUGUCAAGUACGCCAUCGACGAGGUCGCCAUCUUCCAGUACCCUCCAGAGACCAUGCGCAUCUCCAGCGUCACCAACAACGAUUGCCAGACCAUCGGGAAGACAGUCACAAUCUCCAAGGAUUCGGAGGUCGAGACCACUUGGAACAUCGGCCGAUCCACCAUGCUGGGCAUCGCUGGCAGCAUCACAGCCAAUAUCCCACUCAUCAGCUCUGUCGGCAUUGAGCUGAGCGGCGAGAAGACACUGGAGUUCUCCAGAGGAACCACGGUGGUGGAGGUGCUCAGCCACUCGGUGUCCGUGGAGCUCAAGGUGCUGCCAAACUACUCCUGCCAGGUCCGCAUGGAGGGACGCAAGAUCACAGCCGACAUCCCCUACACGGCUCGCCUCAGCCGGACCUACAGCAACGGAGAGACCCAGUGGACCUCCAUCACCGGGACGUACGACGGAGUCCAGAUCGGAGAAGUCAGGGCCGUGGUGGACCGCUGCGAACCAGUGCCCAACGCCCAGCCCUGCCCCUGA